GCAGGCUUUAUUCCAAUAUGGCAGAUUAGCAGCAGACUGUGAGCAACCGAUGUAUAACCCCGACUUAAAACACUUAUAAGAAGAACUCACUUUUGCAAUGGAGUUGAGCAGCAUAGCCACUGAGGGGGUCAGCCUCUGCGGUGAUUCGACUCGAGUGGGAGAUCGCGCUUUUCGAAAUCUGAUUCAAGUUACUAUGGACAUUUUGCUGAUGAAAAAGAACGAAGAAUCUCUUAAAAGUCAGUAGCCUUAUUAUUUGUUAUUUUUCAACGUCGAUACAACAUUUUAAGUUAGUAGCUGAUCACGGUUAGGUUAACAUUCUUUAUUGCUUCUUUAAAAUACACCCAGUUUUAAAUCUACAAUACACGUUCAAUUUUCGUUGAAACGCGUUGUUAUGUAUAUAAUAAGACUGAAACUGAGGAUUAUUCAAGUCACGCUUUCUCAACCAACUAGUCUAAAUUUUUCCGUGUGUUAUUUUUUUCUUUUUCCCCAAUGUUGAGAAUGUGCGAUUGGCUAGGUAAUACGUGAAUCAACACUGGGGAGGGAGACUAAGAUGACAAGGGUUUCAAUAAAUGUGACGAGCUGAGUACAUGUACUUUAGGUGGGAAAGUGUUGUCCAUCCUUUUACUUGCGCUGCCUUACAGUAUGUAUCCCUUACAGUAUGUAUCAGUCAAAUUCAGUUGCACCCAUGCCCCUCCCCCCAGGCUAACCCCCAGGUAUUGUUUUGUUCUUCUCGGAUGGGAAAUCCCGGGGGAAGGGACACUUAAACAGUCAAAUAAAUGUACAAUGUACCCUGCGGUGAUGACAAAAAGUGGAGGGUGAAUGCUCCAACCCCUGUAUCACCCCCAAUCAAUACAGUGUACUGUAGCAGCUCUCAUCCAUCGCACAGUGAAGUAGGGUUACUUCCAGCAUUUCUUAUGUGCAGUAACCAAAAAAUAUGUGCUAGACUCACAUUGCCUACUCUUGAUCUCACUAUUAAAAAAUAAAAAUUAGUCCUUGCCUAAAAGCCAAGCUGCUUAUCUUUUGUAGUUCAAGUCAGAAACCAUGUGCCUGUGAAAAGCCUAGGGGUGCGUGGACCCAGGGUUGGCAAAUGCCCAACCCCUGGGCUGGGCUGUCAGUCCCCCAUGUCUUCAAAUAUUAAGAAUUGAUAGGGAAGGGAUGAUAGAUGACAUCAUAAUGAAUGGUACAUGAUGUCAUUUGUGCAAAAAAUACCUGUUGACUCCAAUCGUCACAAAUUUGCGAUGACACUGACAAAACGCACGAAAAAGUUAUAAUUUUAUUUGAAUAAUAUUUGAGCUGAUUGGUCUAUUAUUAUUACAAUGGCAUGCCAAAGUUUAUCAAGAAAUGCUCAAUGUUAACAUUAAAAUAGCUCAAAUAAUGCAAAAUAUUUGAAAUUUAGCCUGUGAACAGGCUCUCGGUUCACACGGUAUUUGAAAUUUUAUUGUUUGAAAGUCGAGUCUACUGAAGAAAUAGAAAACUUCGGCGAUUAUCCGGGAGAUUUCAAACUCUAAUCUGGAGACCAGGAGAAACGGUCCAAAAUCUGGAGUCUCCUGGAUCAUCCUGGAGAGUUGACAGCACUGCCUGGGCUACACUAUACUUCGGAACUGGCAAAAUUAAUGCCCUGUAGUUGCCUUGGGGGAUGGGUGAGUGCAGCUGCCAGGAAUUGACUGAUGCAAGUCAUUAUUGACUUCCAGAAACUAACGGAUUAUUCCCUUUUCCUCUGCAUCCCAACUUGCUCCCAUGGACAGAGCUGCAAAGAUACACCAAUGUUAUUUUGAGAUUACAAAUCAAUAUAAUGAAACAUGCUUCAACAUCACAUGGACAAAUUUUGUAAGGUCACAGUCUUUAAUAUUCCUUAAAUGUAUUUUAGCCUUUGUAAUAAUGGUCUACAAAUUAUGACACUUGUCAACAGUAAAACAGGCUUGUGUACAUGUACAGUGUAUCAGCUAGAAAAACAAUGUAAUAGUCCAGUUGCGAAUUAAAAAUUACUGCUGAACAUAAUCAUUAACGACACAUUCAUACAGGGUUAGCCUCGACAUAAGGUAAAAUAUUCAGAAAUUCUGGUAAGUAGGUGUUUGAAAUUUGAAUAUACACUAUAGGCAGAGUAAUAAACAGGUCUUUUUCUUGUUGGAAUUUGUGAAUAGAUUACUUCAGAUUGAGGCUAAGGCUGUAAAAAACAUGCGUCUUCACUUCUUUAAUUUAGCGGUCAUAGUGAACUGGAAAAUGGACUAUUGCAUGACAUAGCUUUGCAGAAACAGGCGUAGUAGUUAAGAGGUCACCACUUUGAAUGGUAAAACAGGAGAAAAUAGCAGGAAAGUAAAUCAAAGUGGCACCUCCUGUGGAUUCAUAAAAGUCAUUUUCAUUUUGGUUUCAUAUUUUCCUUCUCAUAUGCAGUAGAAGGGUUGCAUGUAGAUUGGAGAAAAUUAAUGUGUUGCUCUUUUUGAAUGUAUCAUGGCCCCAUAGUGUUUGGUGAUCUGUAUCGUAUUGUCUGAAAAUUUAAAGUAUCAUUGCAGCUCUCUUCAGUGGUUUCACAUUGGUAGUCAUUUUAAUUGGUUGAGGUGUGAUCAUGAAUGACUGUGUUUGUAUUAAUUAGAAAACUUGUAUUGAUAGUUGAGCAGUUGUGAUGUUUUAACCUGUAAAUACUUGUACUUGCUUUAGGUGAUGAGGAUGUUGCCAGUGUUGAUGCUGCAGCAUUGAAGCAGGCCUAUGCUGGUUUAGUUACCCUGAUAUUAGAGGCCGUGAAGAUGGAUUGUGAUUCACCCAGUAUAAGGUAGCUACACCAGCUGUAUAUUGCUUUGUGCAGUCAGACAUCAGAGAGAUAUUUUACAACAGUCUUAACAUUAAUUGGCUAGCCUGCAUUGAUUGUGAUUCACCCAGCAUAAGGUAGCUACACCAUAUAUUACUUUGAGCAGUAAAGCAUCAGCGGUGUAUGACAUUUGCAGAGUGCAGACUGCAGACUGCAGACUGCAUGAGGCAGCAAGACUGUAAAUUGAAUGAAACCAAACAUAUCGUAAUAAAGGUGGCAUCAUCAUCAACGUUACCUUGUUCCGAGAAGUACUUGUAAGGCCUAGAAGUGAAGUUUAUAUUUUUCACGCAAAUAACACAGACCUGAUUCCUGAAGGAGUUGUUGGUUGUUCUUCUCGUAUUGAAUUAGAGCAGAAUAAUGUCUGUGGAUGUCACAAACUCGCUAAUGAAUCCAUAGCAAUAGGCUAGCAAUUCAGCCUGCACCACAGACGAAACCAAACUCUGGUUAUAUAUUAAGUCUGUCUGUGAAACAACGCCGGAAUCCUUAUUCUACGGGGGCCCCACCUGUGUACUAGGAUUUGAGUAUGAGCAAUGAUUGGCCUGUUAAAAAAUCCAUUGUCGAUUUGCCUAUUUAGAAAUUCAAAAUGCACUUCCGGUAAUUCGUCGAGUCCAGGUAGGAUCUGUUCGGUUUAGAUUAUUUGGCAUAUCCUUAAGUACUGCUAAGAUGAAAUACGUCAUUUAAAAGGUGUUAAAUGUCCAUGAUCUAUGCUAGUUGUUUUUGUCGACGUACCUGUAGUGAGCACAAAGUGCUCGCAAUCUAAACACUUUUUUUUACAGAAGCCUACUAUUUAGACAGGCAUUAGUGGGCAUUGCUACUUGUCAUUAUCAAUUCGCAAUAAUCAAAGAAGAAUAAAGAAUCAACGCAAUUAAUGAUAUGCCGGGUGAGUCAAUAAAGAGUCGCGUCGGUGAAGAAUAGCCAACAGCAUCUCAAAAAUAUCAACCUUGUUCCCAGGCUACUUUCUCACUUUCACACGAUGUUAUAUUUUUGAUGGUGUGACCUUUAUUAUUAAUUUACAAUCUGCAAUCUGUGGUCUGCAGUCUGCAGUCUGCAGUCUGCGGUCUGCGGUCUGCAGUCUGCAAAUGUCAUACACCGCGUCUAGAAAGCAGUUAAUCUCAUACCCUAAUUCUAAUGGCUUUGUUUAAAAGCACAAUCUGUUGUUACAUGUAAAUAUUUCAUGUGUUCAUUCUUUGUUUCAGUUCUCUACUUGAAGACUGCAAGUGGGGAAGUGAUAGAAUAGACUAUUUUUCAAAGCACUUUCUGGUAUGAACUAAACAUGUUCUGUUUGUUUUUCUUAGUUUUUAACUUUUCAAUGGCAUAAUUUGCCCCUCCAUUUGUCUUAUUAUUAUUAUUUGUUUUAUUAUUGUUAUUUAUUUUCAGAAGUAAUAAUGUUAGACUGCCAACAAACUUUUCCCUGGUUAUGCAAAGCAAUGCCAUAAAUUGAAUUUAUGAAAGAUCUACAUGUGGUCUAGAUUACCAACAGAGAAAAAAUAAUGGAUCAAGAGAGGAAACCAUCACCAGUAAUAUCAAUAUACAGUCGAAUCUUGAUAUAACUAUACAGUGUACAAUGAAGCCCUUGGUAGAGCAAAUGAUUUUCUUCACCCCUUCAGUAGACUUAAUAGUAAACUGUAUGAAAAUAACCUUGAUAAAAAAAAAAAUUACAAUGGACAAAUUUGCCAGUCCUUUCUUUACUAUGUAUAUUAUCAAGGUUUCACUGUAGUGUUAUUGGGAUGAGAGAUCUGACUUUCCAGUUGUUUUAUACAAUAUUCUCUACAAAGAAUGAUGUUGAUACUCCUAGUAGAGAUUAAGACAAAGUCUUCCAAUAUUUUAUAAACUUAGAUCACUCUGAGUUGUGAAAAUCUUUAUUGUUCCUCUGGGACAAGGCAGAUAAACAACAUUUUAGUUGGAGGGGAUGAGGGCUGGAGACGAAGGAGGGGGAAUUUGGAGAUAAUAAAUGUACAUUGUUAUGAUUUCAAAUUCAAAAUUAGAAAAAUGUAUUCACUUUUUUUAUAGGAAUGUAAGCCAGAGUUGGAGGCCCUUCUUGCAAGGUAACCUUGUUAUCCUGAGUCGAUCCCAGUGCAGUGUUUUAGAGAAAGAAACAAUACACAUUUCUAUAGACUAUGUACUUUAUAAUUUUAAUUCAAAUGAAACUGCUUUUUUGUUGUUCUGGUACAAACAAGUUACACUGUUAAUUGCUUGCAAUGGCAUAUUUUAAAAUUUCUGUUGUGCUGCAAGAAUUGUGCGUAUACACUGAUCUUAUACACUGUACAUGUAAAUCCUUCUCAUGCUGUAUGGUACAACAAUAACCGACCUGUAGCCAGAGAUUUUGAAGUGGGGAUGCUUGUUUUACUCUGUGAAACAGGGUUGUGUACUCGUUAUAAUCAAAAUCAGCCACCCCCCACCCCCUCCCCUUAGAAAAGAGGGAAAGGUUGAGAUGAACAGAUUUUGUGGCUUUGUUUCUGAUGCCCUUUUAAAAAAGGAACAACCAAGUAGUAAGAGUAGUACACAAACCUCGUGUUAAUAUUUUGCAAACUUUUCCCAAUUUGAAUUUUUGACAAGGAUUAAUAUAAUCCUCUCAAAGCUGUCAUGUAUUUUAGUUUCCGUAGUUAAAACAAGCUGUUAUGUCAAUCAAAAGGGGCAGGAAUUUGUCAUCUAACCACGGUCUCGUCAACUUAACUUACUGUAGUAAUUUGGGGGAUACCUGCAGACUUAUAAAUUGUUAUAUAGUGGAACCUCGACAUGGCAAACCUCUGUAUAACGAAUCCGUGAUAUAGAAGGGACUGUAAGUAGUGACAACAGCAACGGCAUCGGCGACCUGAGAGCCCUCAGGGUAAACCCAAACCAAUGCGCAUGUCUGGCGUGAAAAACAUCUGCCGUUGCUGUUGCUUCAGAACGUGAGAAUUGGUGUUUUGCUGUUGAGACAACACGUGAUUACUAAACCUCAGUUUUCCUAAAAAUUUGGCAUAAAGUAGCUUCUGGGAAAACUAAAAGUACUCUGAAUACUUUUUUGGCCUGAAAAUAUUUAACAAUUAUUCCUCGAACCCGAAUGGGCUCUGAGUCAAUAGCCCAUGAGGCCAAGGGCCGAAUGGGUUAUUGACUCAAAGUCCAUGAGGGCGAGAGGAAUAAUUGUUUUAGUAAAAUUCAACUAGUUGGUCAAAAAUAUCGAGAAUAAAAAAGUUUUAGCUAGUUAAAGCUAGACUUUUAAUCCCAAAAAACCCUCGCUUUUCGCUACUAGUGGGCUAUAAUAUAACAUAUAGCCUAGUAGUAGCUCAACCAAUCAGAACACAGCAUUGAUAAAAGACCACUAGUUGGAUUUUACUAAAGAGGUUUACACUAGUCAUAUUUAGCUGCGUGAGAGAAAAACACCUAAGAUGCGUGAAUGAAGACUGAAGCGAGGCCACUUUGUCCGAAAACGUGAAUAUUGAAGCUGCCCUGAGAGCUCUUCCUCGGUCAAAAAUCAUCUUUCGAUCUAUGGUCUCCUCUGAAGUUUUAUGAAGUAAGCAUUUAUCACUUCAUUUAGUUAUUUAUUUAUUUGUUUAUCUUACAUUACAGCUUAUUUUCAAUACUACUCCCUUUUGCUUCGUUUAUUCCGCUAUCUCGAUGAUCUUUUAUAUGUUCUAAACCAACAACGGCAUUCAGUUUCAUUUUAGAUUUUUUCAUUUUCAUUUUUUUAUUUCAUUAUCAGGAGUAGAUAUUUUCGUAUGUUAAAUCUGGAUUCAGACUUGAGUUUGUUUAUCCAAAAAAAGUUCUUCGCUGAGUGCCCAUUGCUCGCUUGAAAUGACUUACAGACAAAACUUGUUAUAAUGUUUUGCCGUGUUUAUUAUAUCAGACAAGACCUUGUCCUCUAUCAUCUGCUAGCCUGCCUAGCAGGCGCCGGUUUGUGUUUUUUUGGGGGAAGGAAGAAAUCUUGAGGACGCGCGAGGGGAGAAAAGGAGAGGAGGCGCCUUCCUCUUCGCGUGUUCCCUCGCGCGGCCUUUAAAAAAGGAACCGGCGCCUACUACGCAGGCUAAUCAUCUGCUCGAAAUGGUGAUUCCUGGCCGCCUUCUAAAGAAGAAACGAAGAUGAAAAAAAGAGCUCUUCUCACAAGAAGUAUUGAAUUUGCUUUUUUCGCGCUGCUUAUUAACUGCUCAUAAUUCGCGAUGUCUGUGAGACCAAACCGCGUUAUCUUCCCAGUCUCUUUCACGGUGUCGCCGUCGCCGUUUCCGUUGCUGUUGCCGUUGUCUGUGUUUAAAGUCCCUAAGGAACAAUCUGCCCCAGUUAUAGGAAAAUGUAUGGAAAAGAACCUCAAUAUAACGAAACCUCCUUUUAGCGAACGCUUUGGCCAGUUCCUAUGCCCUUCGUUAAAUCGAGGUUCCACUGUAUAAUGUACGUUCUUGCCUUUAUGGAUAGGAGGGAAAAUACUUGAUGUGUUACGUUACUUCCACUUAUCCAAAUCUUUGAGGGGUAAGAGAAUCUCUAGGAGUGUAAUGGGUCAUUGGCAUUGUUAACUCCUUCAUCUUUUCUCAUGGGUUAUGACUUUGCUGAAAGAGGGCGCUUUGUUUGUCCAAUUCGUACCCAUCCUUGGAGGGCAGGUGUAUACCCAACCCUUUUGAGCAAGCUUCUACCCGAUAACGCUGAAAAAACAAAAACCAAACCAAACAAGAAAGUUAAAUUAGUAGCACUAGAGAAUUGUUAUCCUAGGAAAAUAUACUGAGUGAAUACUCAAAUUAAAUGCGUUUAACUGUAGGACUGGAAGUUCAUUUCCUCAUAUUGUUGAUGUGGACUGGAGAUUGGAUUACUAUAUAAAGGUACAUGUCAUUUGUUCUUCAAAACCGAAAUUUAUGUUUAAUUGCUGUUAAAUAAGGUUCUUUCUCCCUUUUCUUUCGUCUCUUAAAUGCAUUUUAACUGAAAUAACGUGAGUUAAAUACAGUUUAAAGAAGUGCUAGCAGUCCAUGGUCCAUUGGUAUGUGCGUACCCAAUAGUUUGCUACUAUCUCAUUAAUUUUGAUGUAGUGGCGUAGGAAGUUUUCUUUGUGCAGGGUAUUUCCUGGACCUGCCACGAAAUUUCCUUCAGCCAGGUUCUCCCCACCUCCCCUCGCCUUUGUUCUUUCUCCAGCAAUAUUUUCAGUUCAAUGGAUGCCUGUUUUGUGCUGUGGAGGCUCAUGGCAGGGUUCCACUAUUAUGUCAGCUAUGGAGUUGCUAUUCAAUCUACGGACUGGCUAGUGCCAAAAGUAGAAGUCCAUUUAUCGAUGCAGUUGUUAACCCUUCGUAAUAUUAAUGAAUAAGAAUUAUGGACUUAAUUCUUGUCCCCAAACCCUUUGCAUUCCUCAACACCUAUAAUUUAUAAUACUGUACGAUGAAGUGAUUAGUAAUUACAUGUAUUAAUGUAUGUUUGUUUUGCACAUAGAAUAACCAGAUGGACAAAGUGAAUAAACCUACCUAUCUUAUCACACUUAAGACUGAGGUACGACUUCACUAUUCGCUGACUAUUCUCAAGCUCUCAAGCAAGCUCUCGGGGGCGCUCUGACGGCAGGGUGGGAGAAGGAAGGAGAGCUUGCAACUACGUCUCUGGAAUUUCAAUUCCGCCUCUAAUUCCCUUGUGGCUCCCGUCGACUGAGCUGUGAGAUUUGCUCAGACCACGCACUAGCCAGGGGCACCCAACGAGAAUAUAGUUCAAAACUACUUAAACAAAGCAUUGUUAAACGUAUAGAUAUAGGCAUAUUUUUAUCCCCUAAAAAUUUUUCAUCUGUUCGGAUUUCCUAGCUGAAAGUCUAGUGAUUCGAAAAUUGUAGGGAUCAAAACUUACCUUUUCGAAAAUUUAAGCAAGAAAUUUUACAACAAAUGUUCCGAAAGUUCUAGAUCUCAAAUCUUUUUCCGAACAGAUAUUUUCCGAAAAUUGACGUUUGGUCCCCCUGACUAGCUAUAGUUGUACACUGCACACGGCUUCUUUCGGGAGCUCCUAACUAACCUGAGAUCAGGCGUUAUUAUUUUUUUUGCUUCUUUGGCCCGAGAGGGAAAAAAAUAACGCCCUCUUCCCAAAAGCAGUUUACAGAGAUAAAGGGAGAGGGCAUGAUCGCAGGCGCUCCUAACCCAAGAACAUAUUCCAAGUAUUGGACUCCCUCUCGGCAGUCUUUUAAAAGAGGGGCAAAUAGUGUUUAGUUCAUAAAGUUCUGUAUGUAAAUGUGACUUUUAUCAUUUCAUCUUGUGGGGUGAGGGUGGGUUACGUAUUCCCCUGUUCUGAAUGACAAACCCGUCGUUUCACGUAUUAUGAGGAGGAAACCAUGUCCCUGUUGGCGUUUUACCUAUUGUAUUACACUUUCGCUUGUUUUCUUCGUCACUUUCACGGUUUUAACCUGUCUUUGAAUCGUGUGUAGCCAUUUCAUCUGUCUUGUGCCGCAGUUUCAAGGCCAUGUCGCUUGUCGGAAUUUCACCUUAACGAGGCAUCCUAUUUAUUUAAAGUAAACGAGGUUUCAAAAACCAGGAUAGAAAAAAUAUUAGCAAUACACAAGCUUUCGAUUCCAUCACGGAAUCCUUAUCAGGUGAUGGAGUUGGACGUUUGUGAACGUGAUUUCCUUGACAAAACGUCCCGGUAGAUCUCAGGGAGCUUGUAAUCUAGGCAUCCUUACUUUGUAUCAUUAUUAUUUUUUAAACAUCUUUUGCCGAGUUUAAACAAGUUUUGAUUGAUUGAACUUCUUUUAAUCUUGUCCUGUUAUGAUUCAAUAUAACGCCCUUAUCAGUUAUCUUCUUUGGCGAGGCACCGUACAUUGUACUUACAGCGCUAAUAACGUAAAAUUCGGCUUAUAUGUGCUUGAAUAUUGGGCAGUGGUCCAAUUUUCUUGGUUCUAAAAACUUUAAAAGACCUGAAACCAUUGAGAUACAUACAUUUUGACAAGUUGUUAUUCCAGCUUUUAAAGUGACUUUUUCGUUGUUUAGGAAGCAGGGAAAUCUCAAGGAAAGGACGUGCAAUUUUCCUGUUCAAUGGAGCAGCUCCAGGUAUUCUUGAGUUAAAUAAGUUUAUGUAAGGCUAGGUUGUUCAAGUCAGACUAUAAAGUUCACGUAAAGUCCUUGUCAAAUUAGGAUUAGCCAAAUCUGAAAAUCCAAUCGGAGGAAGGUUUUCGUUUACCAUAAAGAUGGUCAAUCCCUGACCGAAGUAGAAGAGUUUUUCAGAGUCGAUAAAAGCUGAAGCGUCUAAUAAUUUCGCGGCUGAACGGCAACAAAAAAUUGGCCUUUUAUUUCUCUGACCGUUUAAACUGGAAAUGAAAAUGAAAUAGAAUUUUAGCUCAACAUACAUGAGGGUCAUUUUCGCAUUCAGCUAAUAGCAAAACAUCAAAUUAAAUUUGCUGAAAUCAACAACAGCUAAUAAGUGAUGCUCAUGUUUUUUUCCCUUCAGGAUCUUGUUGGCAAACUUAAGGAUGCCUGCAAAAGUAUAGAGAGAGCGUCUGCUAAUUAACUGGCUGCUUCACGGAAAAACUGGAAUAAAGAUUCCAAAGUAUAUUUUUUUAAUGUAGUUUAUUAGAACUUUACGUUUGUCUAUCGUAGAUUUCGGCCAAGUAUUUCAUGUAGGUAUUGCCCAAAUGGCUUUUAUAAUCAACUAGAUCCAUUCCUCCUGAUUCAACGGCGUAUUUA